GAAGAAAAAAGGCAUCAAAUUAGCCAUGGCUACUCUUGCAAUUAGUUGCUGCACUAGUAUGAUUAUAUUAUUACUUCUCUUGGAAUUGCUGGCACAAGUGGAGGCUCGGGCUUUCUUUGUUUUUGGUGAUUCCCUUGUUGAUAAUGGAAACAACAAUUAUCUAGCCACCACCGCUCGUGCUGAUUCACCCCCUUAUGGAAUCGAUUACCCAACUCGCCGAGCCACUGGCCGAUUCUCUAAUGGCUUUAAUAUCCCCGACUUUAUCAGUCAACAAAUCGGCUCGCAACCCACAUUGCCAUACUUGAGUCCAGACUUGAAUGGACAAAGACUACUUGUUGGUGCCAACUUUGCUUCAGCAGGAAUUGGAAUUCUGAAUGACACUGGAAUUCAGUUUCUAAAUAUAAUCAGGAUGAGCAGACAAUUGGACUAUUUUUUGGAAUACCAACAAAGAGUGUCAGCACUUAUUGGUCGUAAGCAGAGAAGAGAACUUGUAAACAGAGCUCUCGUCCUUAUCACUGUUGGUGGUAAUGAUUUCGUUAACAACUACUACUUGGUGCCUAACUCUGCCAGAUCUCUGCAAUUCUCUCUUCCAAAUUAUGUCGAAUUUCUCAUCUCUGAGUACCGCAAAAUCUUGAUUAGGUUAUAUAAAUUGGGAGCACGGAGGGUUCUGGUGACAGGGACUGGACCAAUGGGGUGUGCUCCAGCAGAGCUAGCCAUGCGCAGCUCAAAUGGCGAAUGCUCAGCUGAGCUUCAACGUGCUGCUGCUUUAUACAACCCCCAGCUCGAUCAAAUGUUGAAGGACCUCAACAGAAAAGUUGGCAGAGACGUUUUCAUCUCCACAAACACACAACUCAUGCGUAACAAUUUCAUCACCAACCCCCAAGCUUAUGGAUUUAGUACAUCAAAGAUAGCAUGUUGUGGACAAGGACCAUAUAAUGGACUGGGGCUUUGCACUAGACUUUCCAAUUUGUGCCCAAACAGAGAGCUGAAUGCGUUUUGGGAUGCCUUCCAUCCAUCUGAAAAGGCCAAUAGGUUGAUCGUGCAGCAGAUUAUGACCGGUUCUGCCGAUUACAUGAACCCCAUGAACCUAAGCACCAUCAUGGCCUUGGAUUCGAGGACUUGAAAAUUCUUCCCUCUUUGGUUGAAAAUGUUUAAUCAUCUUCUGUGAUAUAUAUAUAUAUAUAUAUAUACACACACACACACACACGCACACUAGCUCCAGGCUGUGCUGUACUUUUGUUUUGAUUCUAUUCAUGUAUGUGAGCUAUGAUUAGUAAGUUCCUAGGAGGUACUCUUCCAUGAUUAGAUUCACAAGGAAAGUUCUUCAUGAAUGAGGAAUUUUAAGUACAAUAAUAUAAGUUUCUAAUUUCAUGAGAGAAGA